ACAAUGAAGGUACAUGUAUGUAUCUUGUUGGCGUUCGUCCUGCAAGUAGUCUGUACACUAGCAUUAGAGUUUGGUAAUUUAAAGAGGCCUAUACAGACGUGUAAAUUGGAUGAGUUCCAAUGCAACAACACCAGAUGUAUUCCCCUCAGUUUUAGAUGCGACGGUGCGGAUGAUUGUCGUGACGGUUCUGAUGAGCUUGACUGUCGAUUGACGUGUGGCGUGAAUAUGUUUCAAUGCAACAACAACAGAUGCACUUCCGUCCGUUGGAGAUGUGACGGUACUGAUGAUUGUGGUGACGAUUCUGAUGAGCAAUUCUGUCCAUUGGACUUUGGUAAUUUAAAGAGGCCUAUACUGAUGUGUGCAUCGGUUGAGUUCCAAUGCAACAACACCAGAUGUAUUCCCCUCAGUUUUAGAUGUGACGGUACGGAUGAUUGUGGUGAUGAUUCUGAUGAGCAAUUCUGUCCAUUGGACUUUGGUAAUUUAAAGAGGCCUAUACUGAUGUGUGCAUCGGAUGAGUUCCAAUGCAACAACACCAGAUGUCUUACCGGCAGUUGGAGGUGUGACGGUACUGAUGAUUGUGGUGACGAUUCUGAUGAGCUUGACUGUCCUAAAAUAAAUUGUGAUAAAAAGGCUGAAAAGAAAUGCAAUGAUGGAGAAUGCAUCCUCGAACAUUUUUGGUGUGAUAGAGACAAGGACUGUAAAGAUGGAUCGGAUGAGAGCCAUUGCUCCGGCACCCACACAGAAUGUCGUCAAAUUGAGUUCCACUGUUCUUUACCUGCACACGAGGCACAGUGUAUCCACCUCUCUUGGCUGUGUGAUGGUGAAAUGGACUGUCAAGAUGGAAGUGAUGAGGUCAACUGUACAAAGCGUGAUUGUCCACCUAAUCACAAGCUCUGCGACAUUAACCAUUGUAUUACAAGUGAUUUCUUCUGUGACGGGGAGUUUGACUGUGAAGACAAAUCUGAUGAAGCCAAUUGUAAUGUUACAAAGAUACCCACAACAUCAAAAAUUGACUCGACAACAUCUGUGUCAUCCAUGGCAACGACGGCAACAAUUAGCUUUACCACGGAGGGAAAUGUUUCAAAGAUUGGGAAAGUUUCUCUAAAUACAUUAGCGGCUACCAAUAUAUCUGAAACCACCACAACAACAUCUGUGACGUCCACCGCAACAACGGCAACAAUUAGCUUUACUACAGUGAACGGAUCUGACUAUAAAUUGGAAAAGAUACAUUCACUUGGACUAGCUGAAGGGAUUGGCAUUGGGACUGGUAUUUGUGUUGGGGUAGCGAUUUUCGUGCUUGCAGUUGUGCUUGUGGUAAAGUUGCGUUGCAAAACACGAUCACUCACUAGGAGUCUAGUGGAAUCUGGAAACUGCCAUGACAGCGAGAACCAAACACAUCAAAACGCUGUUUAUGACAACAUGACACGGACAGAGGCCGGGGGUGUCCAGCUAGCGGAGUUCAUUCAAACUGAACAUGUUUAUGCAGAUGUUGCGGAGCAUCAGAGUGAUUGUAAUGAACAAAAAGCUGAUCACGACAACGACCAAGGCCUAGUGUGUCCCGCUAGUGAAGCAAAUGUGUAUACAGACAUUCUAGACCAGGGUUUUUAUUCGGGUCAUCUUGUUGUGGAUCUACCCAAUGAAGAUUUACACAUGUAUCUUGUUGGCUUUCAUCACCCAGCGUGGCUUGGAGCUACUGAUGGAUUACGAGAAGGUGAAUGGGUGUGGACAGAUGGUACAAAGGCCAAUCUGACAUCAAUGUGGCGUGCUGGAGAACCGAACAGCUAUAAUAAUAAAAGUGAAGACUGUCUUGACAUUUCUGAAUGGGAAAAUCUAAAUGAUGAAGCGUGUUCUAGAGCUUUCCCUUUUAUUUGCAUGGAAGUUCACGAAAAGAUGAAUUCACUUGGACUAUCUGAAUGGAUUGGCAUUGGGAUUGGUAUCUUUGUUGUGGUCGCGUUUUUCGUGCUUGCAAUGGUGAUUGCUAUAAAAUGUAGUAAAACACAGUCACUCAAUGAAAACACUGUUUAUGAAAAUAUAGCACGGACCGAGGCAGGGCGAGCCCAACUGGUGGAGCUAGAUGAAACCAAACAUGUGUAUGCAGAAUUUUUGGACAAACAGGGUGGUUGUAAUAAUUAUAUCUAG